AUGUUUAUAAGAUUUCAAGACUUUCUGACUGCCGUCAUUGGCAUCGCUGGCGUCACCUCCGCCCACCAAAACAUAACAUUUGCCAAAAACUUUGCCCACGAAGAGCUCAAUCAGAAUUCUCCAUUCUAUGAUCUUUCUGAAUUUGGCUACUACGGCGGCCAGCUUCCAAAGGUCUACUAUCUGAACCAGACGAGCCAAGAAUCCGGAUAUCUUCCCGAGGAAAGCUAUAACGAGUUCCGCAACAUCAUUUCUGGCAGCAACAACGCCACAACCGAGUUUAUCACUCAACAGAAAGAGAAUCUGAUGUCUUCAAAGCGGUCCACCGCCAACACUAUCAGCUUGACCUUGAAGAACAAAGCCGGCAAUGGAAACUCUUACUCUAUCGUGGCCAAUCCUAAGACAUGCCACACCGGUUCCUACGCUCCCUGGCACUAUGUGAUUAUUCGCUACAUUGAGGAUGCGUACAUUACGUUCUGGAAGAGCACUGCGUGCAAUGGUCACAAGGGAAGCUUCAACCCUGUUUGCGAUUACUACGAUGACCCUGCGGAGGUUUGCGUCUUCAAUUUCAGUCCUCAAUCCUUUCGUACCUAUUCUGGAUGCCACCACAGCUAUGGUUGGGGGAAAGGUUGCUCUGCUCACGCUCUCUGA